AUGUCUUCCUUCACUUCUAUUGUCAAAGCAUCAGAUUUCAUCUUAAGUACUCCAAUUUUAAAAUCUGUCUUUGUUCCAGCUUCAAAAUUCUUCUGUGAUUAUGCUGGUUAUAGACAAAUUGGUUUAAAAUUAGAUGAUUUAAUACAUGAAGAAACUCCAAUUGUUCAAAAAGCUUUAACAAGAUUACCAAAACAUGAAAGUUAUGCUAGAAAUUUCAGAACUUUAACUGCUGCUCAAUGUGGUAUUACUCAUCAUUUAUUACCAGCUAAAGAUCAAGUUAAACCUGAAGAAGAUAAACCAUAUUUAUUACCAUAUUUGUUAGAAAUUGAAGCUGAAGCUUUUGAAAGAGAUGAAUUAGAUAACAUUAAAGUUAACUAA